CUCCUCCUCCCCCCGCUCUCGCGACAGCUCCGCUCAGAAAAUGGCCCCGCGGCCGCGCCGCCGCUGAUGCGCGCUCCCGGCCCCGCCGCAGCCCCGCAUCACCAGGAGAAGACACCAUCAGCACGUGCAUCACCCUGUGCCCACCACUGGCCAGGCCAUGAAGACGGAGAAGGAAGAGUCUGUGCCCACCUUCUCCCUGCGGGGUAAAUACACUGGAGAGGGGGCAGGUAGCAGCGAGGUGGCUGUGCCCAGCGGCGCGGUGCCGGGGAGCGGGGGGACCCCAGCGCAGGAGCUGCGGCCGCUGAAGCGCAGGCCUGUCCCAGGGAAGCACUACCAGUGCUCGAGCUACGGCUGCAAACUGGCCUUCCCCAGCAUGCAGGAGCUGAUGGACCACCUCAAAGUCCACUACAGACCCACGCAGUCUCUUGAGGGCAAAACCUUCCAGUGCCCCACGCUGGGCUGCACAGAGACCUUCCCCAGCAUGCAGGACCUCAUGGCCCACAUGAAGGUGCACUACAAGCCGAACCGCUACUUCAAGUGUGAGAACUGCAUGCUGCGCUUCCGGACGCACCGCUCGCUCUUCAAGCACCUUCACGUCUGCUCUGACAGUGCCAGCAGCCCCACGCCACCCCCCAAAGCCGACAAGCCCCUCCCGCCCGCUACCUCUGCCCUGGAGAAGGACCCCCCGGCCAAGCCACCCGAGGGGCUUCCCAAACUCCCGAGCGUUAUCCGGCCCCUGGAGAAAGAAGCCAUCGUGCCCGGUGCGGACACUGCCCCGGUGCCCAGCAGCCUCCCCGAGCUGCCCGGCUCGCUGGAGGCGCUGCCGCUGGUGUCGCCGGCCCCGCACCCCUUCCCGCUGCUGGAGCCCGGCCUUUUCGGGCCAUCGUCCUUGACUCGGUUCUCGGGGCCACCCCCCUCCUCGGUGCCGGGGCCGUUCCUGUCCUACGUGCACCCUUCGCCCUACAGCUUGCCCCAACCCGCGGCGCAGCAUCGCCUCCGGCCCUACGUGCCGGGCCACGGCCCCCCCAUCUCCAACGCCGUCUGGAAGAAAAGCCAAGGUGUGAGUGUCAGCCCACUCCUCCCAUGCUUUGGCUCAGGAGUGACUCCAGGGCACUCCUCCAACAGCCGCAUCGUGUGGGAGCACACGCGGGGCCGCUACACCUGCAUGCAGUGCCCCUACUCCAGCGCCUCGCGUGAGGAGAUGACCCUCCACAUCGAGGACCACCGCAAGAACCCCCCGCCGCCCGGCCGCAUGGACACCGAGAUGGAUUUCGGGGUGGGUCUCGCCUCCUUCCACACCAAGCUGACGCCGGAGAUGGAGAACUCCCUGUACUCCCAGCUCUGAUGCCCCUGGCUCCCAUGGGACUGCUCCUGCACCUCCCUAUCCCUCCCUGCAGCCGAGCAGGGGGGCACUGCACAGCCCCCUGCCACCAACUGUGGGACAGGAACCCCUUCCUGGGUACCGGGAGCAUCCCCAGCUCGGGGUGGCGGAGGGGAGGAUGUUUGCUUAUUCAUUUCUACCCUCCCUUUUGUCUUCGGAAACUCUUAAGCACCUGGAAUCCUGUGUCUCCCUCCCAUCAAGGUUUCGUUGUUCAGCCCCAGGGGCUCUGGGGGGAGCCUGGUAGGUUGCUCAGGAGUUCAUGGACUUCUCUGGAAUGAGGUCUUGAAAUAAUAAAUAGGAAUUGUACAGGAGCA